AUGAUGCACGUUGCUUUUCUUCUCCUGGUCGUCUUCACAGCUGCGGCGCCCUCUAAGAAAGUGUGCAGCUACCAGGACAUUCUGGAUUACCUGAACCUGACCACAAAUAACAGCGUGUUUAAACUGACCCGGCCCAUUCUGGACUACACGCACCCAACCACGGUGGAGCUGGACAUCAUCCUCUUCGCCAUCCUGGCUGUGAUUGAGAAAACACAAACUUUCAUUCCUUUCGUCUGGGCAACGAUGAUGUGGAACAAUGAACGCAUCUCAUGGGACCCUGCUCAGUUUUGUGGAAUCCGUCAGAUUGCAGUUCCUAGAGACAUGCUCUGGAGACCAGACCUCUUCAUCUAUGAGAUGAUACAGAAGGACGACUCCCCUCUGAAUCCCUACGUGCACGUGUCCUAUGAUGGGAUCGUGACUUCUGAGGAGGACAUGAGGGUGGUGAGCACCUGUAAGAUGGAUGUCCACAAGUUCCCCUUCGACACGCAGAGAUGCAACAUCACUGUCGGCUCUGCAGCACAUUGUAUUGAUGAAAUCCGGCUGUUCCCUUUCUCCAACUCCUCCCGAGCCACGCAGUUUUCCCGUGAGGUGAUGAAGACACAGGGGGAGUGGGAGUUCCUCCAGCUGUCCGUCAACAGCUCCAAUUACACCAUCCACGAUAGACAGUGGGAACUGCUCGUAUACACUUUCACCAUGAAGAGGAGGCCUCUCCUCCAUGUCAUCAACUUCCUGUUGCCCAUCCUGUUCUUCCUGAGUCUGGACCUCGCCUCCUACUUCAUCGCAGACCAUCGGGGAGAGAAGUUGGGCUUCAAAGUCACAGUGCUGCUGGCCAUCUCCGUACUGCUGCUCAUCCUGAAUGAAAUCCUGCCCUCCAUGUCCAACAAUACUCCACUCAUAGCGACCUACUGCAUUGUGAUCUUUGCUCUGAUGCUGCUCAGUCUGCUGGAGACCAUCUUGGUUACGUAUCUUAUGGAGAAAGACUCUGCAUCCCAGGAGCUCAGCCUGAGGGACAACUGCAAGGACAAACAGGAAAAAGUCAAAAUCGAUGAAUAUAACACAGAUGAGAACAAAAAAACCUGCUGUUCAUGCAUCUGUAAAGCGUCUGAUGGUGAAAAACAACAUGAAAUGCUGCCUGUUUCUGAAAAGGUGAACACUCGCAUUGAGUCUGGAGAGUCUCAUGUGUUACUGUUGAUCCUGGAGGAGCUGCAGGAGCUGCAGAAAGCUCUGAAUCUGCACCUCAGCUGCAGAAAGGAAGGAGGGAAGUCCUUCCAAUGGGCCCAAAGGAUCAACAGAGCCUUCUUCAUAUUCUACGUCACCACUGUGUCACUGUUUCUACCCUUCAUCUUCAUAGAGUGGAACUCUUAG